GGGUUAGAUAUUUCUGAUUAUGAGUAUUCCCAACGUCUCCCUCCGAACUGUGAGCCGGAAUUGGAUAUGGUGGUCCAUCCACCUUGAUUAUACGGUUUUCGCCCCGCUUUCUGCGAUUUGAUAGCUUUUUCUCUUCACAACAGCAGGAAAACCCCUCACUAAACGGGACAUGUUCAGAUUUAUCGCUCAUGGUAUCGAUCGCGAAUCCUAGAUUUUCAUCCUAGUGAAAUCAUUCAGGUUGCUACAUUCUGAUGGCAGUUUUGGUUCGUCCCUGAAGUGGCAAGCAACGGCUUUCUUCCUGAGAAGUCGCAUAUUGAACGAAUCGAAAUCUCAGCCCAUCCAAACAGAUAACCUAAGCAAGUCCAACAGGUUACCAAUACAUCUUGUCAAUUAAUCGUCCAUCAUGGAUCCGCUAUCUGAAUCCUCGCAAUUGAAUCAGCAGGCUGGUAAUCGAUUGGUACCAAUAGCAGAAAACCAGAGUGACAAUAACAAUACCACGCAGUUCUCCUCUCGAACAACCUCCCGAAGUCAAGAUGCGCAUUCGACACCAGAGGGCGUCGAAACCGUCACUAUUCCAGUGCAAGCAACACAUCAAGGAUAUCCGGUAAAUGCGAAAGUUGCCAUUCCUAGAAGCCGCGCUGGUGCUAGUUAUCGGUACAGUCGUCGUGUAGCUAAGGCAUGCGAAAGUUGUCGUCAAAGGAAGACUAAAUGUUCUGGAGAUACGCCAGUCUGCAGACAAUGUCGAGAACUCAGAGUGAAGUGCCAGUAUCCGGAUGGUAUGAGAGAGAAAACAAAGAGAUAUAUGGAAGAGCUGUCUCACAAGGUGAAUGACUACGAAUCACUCCUAAAAGAAUUGCGCUUUUCGGUGAACGAGGCUCUAGGGGAUCGCAUUACAGCGACACUCAGCAAAUACGCGGCCGAUGGAGAGCAGAACUCAAUUGACCACCCUUCGUCGUCGUCGCGCACACCUCUGGAUGAUGCCGAUCUCGAACCAUCUUCUCCAUCAUCUGUCGGAUCCCUGGAAGCAAUUGACCGCGUGGAGGAAGACCUGAAUAGAGGGGAGAAUGUUCGCGCGACAGGAUUUAUCGGUAAGAACUCAGAAAUUAGCUGGAUGCAACGAGUUCAGAGAGAAUCCGUGCAACGAGCUCGAAAGGAGCCUGGUAUGUAUGAAGGGGAGCCGCAAGCACGCCAGUACGAAGAUUUCUCCAUCAACUCUGUCAGCUACCAUCUAGAUGAUUUGGAUAUCAAUGUUUCGGGCCCUAUCGACGAGUAUCAAAUGCCGUCUCGUAAACAUGCAGAGCGUCUUUUUGAAGACUAUUUGAUUACUGUGCAUCCGUUCUUUCCCAUCAUCAAUCGCCCUCUUUUCAGCUCGCAAUUCAAAUAUUUCUUCGACAACUCCGCACAACCAGGCGACAGAUGGCUGGCGAUCUUAAACAUGAUUUUCGCCAUUGCGGCCAAACAUUCUCAUUUGGUGCAAGCACCUUGGAAGAGCAACGACACGCAAGACCAUUUGAUCUAUUUCGCACGUGCCCGAUAUCUCAGUAUGACAGCGGACGAGCUUUUCAGCCACCCUGAUUUACAACAAGUCCAAGUAGAGGGUCUGAUGGCCUUCUAUCUUCUAUCGACGGAUCAAAUCAACAGAGCUUGGAGAAUAUCAAGCCUUGCUAUUCGUUCUGCUAUAGCCCUCGGUAUCAAUAUGAAGAGCUCUAGCGAGACCACCCCCAAUACGUCUAAGGAGUCACGCUACCGUGUAUGGUGGUCACUCUACUCUUUUGAACACCUUCUCGGUGUGAUGACAGGUCGAGCAACUUGCAUUCUCGAUGGAGUUUGCACCACACCAAUGCCGAUACCCUUUGAAGAGGAAAGAUUCAGUGAACCAGCCGUUCAAGAGAUGCUAGGCAAUUUUACUCUACGCGAGGAACGCAUACAGUCUGUAGUUGCGAGCCAUUCGAUCCGGCUAAUGCCCCAAAAUCCUGCUGGCGGCCAGAAUGUCGAUAGGCGUGAAAAGACAGAUCGGUUUGCAUGGAUACGUAGUAUCCCUUUCAAUCCCGGGCUACUUUUCUUGCUAUACAUUGACCUCACUGUUAUCACCCAAGAGAUCGUGAACAAGGUGUACACAGCUGAUGCAGUGAGAGUACCUUGGUCUCACAUUGAAAACCGUAUAGGCGAAUUGAAAUCCCGCAUCGACCUAUGGUUCAAUCAGCUACCUGAAGCAUUCAAAUUCACACAAAAGGAGAGUAGCUCCCCCGAGCAGGUUCGAGCGAAACUUGGACUCGCUUUUCAAUACUACAGCGCUCGGAUUACGUUAGGUCGGCCUUGUCUCUGUCGACGAGACGCUCGUGCUAACAAACAGACCUCAUUCAGCCACAAAAUGGCACUGGUUUCUCUUGAGGCUGCUACUCGAAUGCUAGACUUGAUACCCGAUGCUCCCGACCCAUUCCAACUCUAUCAACUAGCUCCAUGGUGGGCUAUACUUCAUUUCUUAAUGCAAUCGACUACUGUUCUUUUGUUGGAGUUAUCUUUCGCCAAUGUACACGCACCUAACGAAGAAAAGAAUACUUUUCAUUCAGCUAAGAAGGCAAUCCGUUGGUUAUACGCAAUGUCAGAACAUAGUACUGCCUCUUUUCGAGCAUGGCAGCUCUGUGACAGCUGCAUCCGCCGAAUCGCUGUGGGCAUGAACUACGAUGUCAGCGAUCUGCCACCAAUACCCAGCGACGCCAUACUUGAGCAACAAAGGCAGUAUCAUGCUCAAGACCAGCUUCAGGCUUACGGUAACACGGGUCGUAUGCAGGCACAGUUAUCUACAACAGCAGCACGUGGAAGCGAUACCCAGCAACAACAGCCCGAGCCAUUUGACUGGAGCACAGGAAUGGAACCCAUAACCACAUCAUCAACCGAAGCCGCGAGACGUCGAGAACUUCUUGGUGAUCUCGACUUGGAGCAUAAUGCUGUUGUAACUACGGCCGAGCCAGUGACGUACCCGAUGAGUUUUUCGCCUCUCAUGGUGAAUUCCGGUUCGAGUGGUCCUUCAAUUCCCGACUCUCAUUUUCCUUACGAUCCGAUUAGCGGUGAAUUCAUGGGAUCGUUCUUCCCUAAUCCGGGGGCUGAUCAGAAUAAUUGGGAUAAUUAAUUCAUUUCCGAAAGCUGCAGGAUCUGAUGGGCAUUGAGAUACAUAGAAAGGAUCAGAGCUAGAGACGGACGAAGCAAAAGCGCAAUUCCUCAAUACUCAUGUAAUGUGAUAAUGUGAUUUAUGAAAGCCUUGAACGAAGUAUCUCACCUUAUGGUGAAAGCCUCUUUGUCCUG